AUGUAUAGUGAUCAGGGUAGAAAUUUUGUCGGUGCUAACCGGUUGUUGGUACAGUAUUGCCAGCAGUCCGCCGACCAGUGUGAGGUGCGCUGGCACUUCAACCCACCCUCCAGUCCUCACUUUGGAGGUCUUUGGGAGGCCGGCGUCAAGUCGGUAAAGACCCAUUUGUUUCGUGUGAUAAGCUCUCAAAUCCUGACUUUCGAGGAAAUGUCGACAGUGUUAACUCAGGUGGAAUCCAUACUGAAUUCCCGCCCAUUAUGUAGUUUGAGUUCCAACCCAAACGAUUUGCAUAGCCUUACUCCUGGGCAUUUUCUGACCCUGGAGCCCCUAUCUGCCCCUCCCGACGACCCUUUAGCUAAUCUGAACACUAACAGACUCACUCGUUGGCAGCUCAUGCAGCAGUUGCAUCAGCACUUCUGGGACAGAUGGCAUCGGGAAUACCUCCACCAGCUGCAGCAACGGCACAAGUGGAACACCACGACUAACCCCCCAAAAGUUGGUCAAUUGGUUUUAAUUAAAGACGAGAACCUCCCCCCGUUAAAGUGA